AUGCGGUUGUCCGCCCUCCUCGUGGCCCUCCUCGUGGCCCUCCUCUCAGGCCUAAACCUAACCCACGCCCUCCGCAAACCCUCCGACAGCGUUCUCCUCUCUAAGAUCUCCUCCUUGACUCUUCGCUCUGGCCAGAAAACCAGCGCUCGCCGCAGCUCUCCAAUCCCGCAACUCCAAUGCACAGGAGGCAAUGCAAGAGGUCUUUACGAUGUAGAUGUCAUGCGCUGCAGCAAUGCAGGCUCAGACUACGAUGACGAUAACGUGCAAUGGACUUGCAAGGCUUCUCUACCGCCGGAGUUUAAGUUGGGAAGUACAGAUGUUUCGUGUGAAGGAUAUGAUUCCCCUGAGGAUCCGUAUGUGUUGAAGGGGAGUUGUGGGGUGAGCUAUAGGCUGGUGCUUACGGAGGAGGGAGAGAAAAAGUAUGGUCACAGAGUGGAUGAUGACGGUAGGAGUGGCUCGUCGUCGACUGGUGAGAAACUCAUCUUCUGGGCCUUCUUCACAUUUGUUGCGGGCAUGAUUGUCUAUGGAGUCUGGGACUCUUGCGUCAGAGGGAACAACAGACGCCCACCUCACGCAGGUGGCGGUUAUGGAGGUGGUUGGGGCGGUGAUGAUAACAAUGAUGAUGCACCACCUCCUUACACACCAUACGGCAAAUCAAGCUCAGGUCGCAACUACGGCACGCAGAAUGGCCAAGCUUGGAGACCUGGUUUCUGGACUGGAACAGGCGCAGGAGCUGCUGCAGGUGCCGCUGCGGGAUACAUGGCUGGAAACAGAGCAAGUGGCUCGCGCAGCAAUUCUAACAGAUCGAACAGCGGAGGAUGGGGAGGUAGCACCGGCUCAAGCUCUCCUGCACCAUCAUCGUCGAGAUACGAGAGCACCGGUUUCGGCUCAUCGAGCCGCAGAUAA